AUGACUAUUUACACGGGACUUCCGACAAGUGAUGACAAGUCUAAUACUUCUCGACGGAGUGAUGUGACCGACGGCGGUUCCAAUGGUGUUGAAGGAAGGGUGUCUUCUUCUGGAGGUCCUGUUUCAUCCGACUCUGCUUUCGGCGCCUCCUUACUCCGCCGACGAAUCGUUCGUGUCGGUCCGAACGAUGAAUGCGAGAAGAACUUCUUCAAUUCUUCAACUGGCAAAUCUCGACUCUUCAAUGCCAUCGAAUUUCUCGCAAGAACCUCUCCUUCUCUUAGCGAUCGUUGCGCUACCGAUGACGAGGGAAGCGUAACCAUUGAUGACGCUCGCGUAAUUCGAGCUUUCGAGGCAGCUUGCUGA